AUGGCUGGCCUAUUGUUACUAGGACUAUGUGGUUUGUCGAUGUACAUUGCCACCAAAAUCAUCUAUCGGUUAUAUUUCCAUCCUCUCAGCAAAAUUCCUGGGCCUAAACUUGCGGCGAUCACAGGAUAUUAUGAGUUUUAUUUUAAUGUCAUAAAGCGAGGAACCUUUAUUUGGGAAAUGGAACGUCUACAUGAAAUAUACGGACCUAUUAUACGCGUUACUCCUAAUGAAGUUCACAUCAAGGAUUCAAGUUACUACGAUGAGAUCUACGCCUCUAGCAAGCGAAGACGCGAGAAGGAUGCGGAAAGAGUCGCCCAAUUUGACCUUGAAGAUUCGGGUUUCUCUAGUGUGUCACCAGAGGACCACCGAAAGCGUCGUUCAUACAUAGAAAAGCACUUUUCGAAACAAUCGAUUACCAACAUAGAGUAUUUAAUCUAUGAAAACAUCGAGAAGCUUGACCAACACUUCAAGCGUGCCUUUGAAUCCCACAAAGUCAUCAGUCUCGAUGCCGGUUUUGCUGGGCUGACUUCCGAUGUCAUUCACAAAUACGCCUACGGCUUCAACAGUGGAAACCUUGAUCAUGAAGACUUCAAUGAAAGGGUUCGAGAUGGCCUGAAUGGACUAUUCAAGUUCGCUCAUCUCAUAUUCUUCUUUCCAAUUCUUCAAACUAUAAUGAAAGCACUUCCCUUGUGGGUACUGGAAAAAGUUGAUCCAUUCGCCUAUGCACUGGCAAGCCAAAAGGCAGAUCUUCUUCGCCGAACAGAAAAGUUUUUGCAGGGCGAAUCUCCAAAGAUGAAGACUCGUCCCAUCAUGGAGGUUCUCACUGGCCCCAGUAUGCCUGAGGACAUGCGUGGUGCCGUUCGCCUGAACAAUGAGGGAUUUGCCAUGAUCAUUGGUGGCACUGAGACAACCGCGCGGUCUUUGGCCAUUGCUGCUUUCCACCUCCUGACAAACGAUCUCAUUAAAACAAAAUUGCGAGAGGAAUUGCAGAUGGUUAUGCCUACACCUGAGUCUCGUCCAACAUGGAGUCAACUUGAACAAUUACCCUACAUGUCUGCAAUCGUCUGGGAAACAUUGCGUGUAUCCACUGGAAUCGCAAGUCGAUCGUCUCGCGUUGCGCCCUCUGAGGCGCUAGUCUACAAAGAAUACACCAUUCCUCCCGGUACCCCAGUCAGCGAGACUAACUACUUCGUUCUCACGGAUCCUGAUAUCUUCCCCGACCCGCAUACAUUCGAUCCAGACCGAUGGCUGCGUGCUGCAGCAAAGGGAGAGCGUUUAGACAAAUAUAUGGUCAACUUUUCGAAAGGCACUCGGAUAUGUGUUGGCAUGAAUUUGGCCUAUGCGGAGCUAUUUCUUGUAUUGGCGGCAUUUGUUCGGCGCUAUGAUAUGGAGCUCUUCGAAACAACAGAGAAGGACAUCGCUUUUGCGCGUGACUUUGGAACGCCAUAUCCAGAUGAGGGUAACACUCGUGUGCGGGCCAUGGUCACAAAGUUGAUGCAAGAGUAA